UGUAGCUACAACCCAGACAAAGAGACAGAACUGUGACUGAGAGGUUGCUCUCUACAUCACAUCACUGACUGGAUAAAAAUGGAGGAACCAUUUACAACUUAUGCAACAACAUAUAUGACCACAGGAAUGGAUUAUGGUGGAACUGACCCCUCUGACUACCCAGAUGACUAUGGUUCAGGGCCGACUGAAAACUCAGGCUUCUGUGACAGAAGCUGGGUCAGGCGGUUUCGUGGGCAGUACGAGCCACCUCUCUUCUGGAUCAUCUUCAUCCUUGGUGCUGUUGGUAAUCUGUUGGUGGUGUGGAUCUACACCACUGUGCGCAACCGCCUGAAAACAAUGACUGACGUGUACCUGCUGAACCUUGCCGUGGCUGACCUCCUCUUCCUGUGCAUGCUGCCCUUCUGGGCUGUUGACGCCAUCAAGGGCUGGGACUUUGGCAUCAGUCUUUGCAAAAUGGUGUCCGCUGUCUAUAAAAUCAACUUCUUCAGCAGCAUGUUCCUGCUCACCUGCAUUAGCGUGGACCGCUACAUUGCCAUUGUACAAGUCACCAAGGCCCAGAACCUGAAGAAAAAGAGGCUGUUCUACAGCAAACUUGCCUGCCUGGGUGUCUGGUUUGUCUCCAUUCUCCUGGCCCUCCCUGAGUUUGUCUUCGCCCAGGUGAAGAUGCCCCAAACUGGGCAGUCCUUCUGUACUCUGGUCUACUGGAACAAUGCAUAUAACCGGACUAAGAUCCUGGUGCUGUCCUUGCAGAUCUGCAUGGGCUUCUUCCUUCCUCUACUGAUUAUGAUCUUUUGUUACUCUGUCAUAAUUCGCACACUUCUGCAGGCCAAGAGCUUUGAAAAGCACAAGGCCCUGCGUGUCAUCUUUGCUGUGGUGUUUGUGUUUGUUCUCUCUCAGCUGCCCUACAACAGUCUGCUGAUCGUGGAGGCCACGCAGGCAGCUAACACUACCAUCACCGAUUGCAAAACUGUAAUUGGUUUUGAUGUAGCUGGACAGGUUGCCAAGAGUUUGGCGUACACUCACGCCUGCCUGAACCCAUUCCUGUACGUCUUCAUCGGAGUUCGGUUCAGACAAGACCUCCUGAGGAUUGUGAAGAUGUGUACUGGCGGUCUGAGCAAAGGAGGGCUCAGUAAAAUACAGGCAGUUCCCAAACGUCCCUCUGUCAUGUCAGACACUGACACCACCCCAGCCCUUUCCAUAUAAAUGCCCAUUUUCCUAAAAUCCUAAACCUGAGACCUGAGCCUAGUUCAACAUGAUCAUAUUUUGUUCCUCAUGCAUUACUCGCUACUAACAGAGCAAAUUUUCAACUUUAAAACCAAAAAUAGUAUUUGGAAUUUACAUUCAUGACAUUCAUAUUCCGACAGUCGUAAGCACAUUUUUUUUUAUAAAAGCACUGUAUAAACUGUAUAUUAGUGUAAAUAAUGUUUUUUUACACUUGUGUUUGUAUUGUUUACACUUGUUUCAUUGUGUAUUGUUUGUGUGCUGCUGCAUCUGAAUAAAAACGGUGAUUUUGAUUUUCAAAUUAAAAAAUGAAUGA